UAAUGCUCAGCAUGGCUUCCAGGAACUCCCAAGUGAACACUUGCCUCUUUGCUGCCUGCCUCUGCCUUUGGAGAGGGUCCCUGGGCCAUGAAUUCCUGGGGCCAAAGGCAUUGGUUGAACCUGUUCUCACUCCCAACGCUGUGUGCAUGACUCUCCCCUGGCUGAGCCGGCGCCAACUUGGCCUCUGCACACGCAGCCCUGAAGUGAUGGCUUCAGCUUUACAAGGUGUCCACUUGGCCGUUCAUGAAUGCCAGCACCAGCUCCGAGAGAGGCGUUGGGAUUGCUCUGACCUCAGCAGUGGUGGCACCAUGCUUCUCAACAGCCCCAUCCUCAAAAGAGGCUUCCGGGAAAGUGCAUUUGCUUUCUCAUUGCUGGCGGCUGGUGUGACUCAUGCAGUAGCCACGGCUUGUAGCCUUGGGGAGCUACAAGGCUGUGGCUGUGCCAGGCAAGGCACCGAGAACCAGAAACUGAAGCUCAGCCAACUGCAAACUCUCAGCAGGGGCAAGGGCCUGACCACGGUGCCAUCCUCAUGGUGGGGGGAGCCUGGUCCACAGGACACCUGGGAAUGGGGGGGCUGCAGCGCAGACUUUGACUAUGCCCAGAGAUUUGCUCGACAUUUCUUGGACCCUCGGGGAAAACCACGUGAUGCUCACGCACGAAUGCAGCUGCACAGCCACCGUGUAGGCAGGAAGGUUGUUUCAGAGCUGAGACAGCGAAGAUGUAAAUGCCAUGGACCCUCAGGGAGCUGCCAGUUCCGGACAUGUUGGUUGGCACCUCCUGAUUUCCAACAUGUGGGCUCUAACCUAAGGGAACGAAUGGACCAGGCCAUACUCCUGUGGCCCCACAACAGCAACUCUGGAGCUUUCCGGCCACGGCUCCACAGCUCCCGCUUGGCCAAGCACCUCAUUUUCUAUGAACCCUCCCCUGAUUUUUGUGAGCCUGACCUGAGCCUGGGUUCAUCAGGCACCCAUGGCCGCUCUUGUGUAAAAGGAAGCACCACGCCAGACGGCUGUGACAGCCUAUGCUGUGGCCGUGGGCACAAUGUGCUGCAGGAGAUGCAAGCCCAGCGUUGCCAUUGCCGCUUCCAUUGGUGCUGCCAUGUGCAGUGUGAGGAGUGCCCUGCCACCGAGUGGGUCAGCAUCUGCAAGUGA